CACAUCGUACGGUACCAGAAUUGUGAAUUGUGCAAUUGAGUAAUUGGUCGUAGUAAGCCAGCUCUAGCGUUGCUACACCAUCAAAUAUCGAAAUCUCUAGAGAAUCACUGGAGAAUCACUGCGCGGAUACUCAUCGCAAAAAGCAACGACUGCCAUGGUGAUUUGGAGAACGAGCUGCGCGUGUCUCGCUGUGGCAUCCUUGGCCGUGGCUGCUGUGAACGCUUUUGUAGCGGAACGUGCCUCUACCGGCGUUCCAUCUCGAUUGCUUUCGCAGGCAUCGGAUGAUGCUGAUGGCCCUGGACUAUCGAGACGGCAAGUUGGAGAACUAACGGUUGCUGCUUUGGGUCUAGGAGUUUCGUUCGUCGGUACCAGAGAGAACAAGCCUACCGAUUACGGGUUGUGGGGUGUCCUUCCCGUGGGAACCUACAAGACAAAGAAGACGCUUAUCAAGGAAAUCGUUCCGGAUACUAUAUGGACAUUGGAUCAAAAGUUUGGUAUUCUAAAUGUUCAAGUUCCAAUUCGAUCGACUGUUGUCAAGCUCAAAGGCGGUGGAUUGUUUCUCUACAACCCGGUGGCUGCAACCCCAGAAUGCGUCAACAUGCUCAAAGAACUGAUUAAAGCUCAUGGCCCAUUAAAACACAUCGUCGUUGGAUCUGUUGCGUUGGAGCACAAGGCGUACGCGGGUGUACUGGCGCAAAAGUUUCCCACGGCUGAUGUAUGGCUUGCCCCGGGACAAUAUUCAUUCCCGGUCAAUCUUCCAAAUCCCUUUUUGGGGUAUCCUUUGUCACGAACCAAGACCAUUCCGCAACGCACCGAGGAUGCCCCGGAAGAAUGGAGAGAGACAUUUGAUUUUUUGACUCUUGGCCCCUUCAAGAGUAGAGAUGGAGCAUUUUCCGAGACAGUGUUCCGUCAUAGGGAAUCAAAAACUCUCAUUGUUACGGACACCGUGUUGGAAGUGACGGACGAAGUUCCAGAGAUUCUUACUAUUGACCCGGCGCCUUUGCUGUAUCAUGCGCGAGAUACUGUUACCCAGGUUGUCGAGAACAAUGAAGCCACACGAAGGCUUGGUUGGCGUCGUGUCGCGCUGUUUGGUCUUUUCUUCACCCCCAGUGCUAUCGAUAUCAAGGACGCCGACGUGGCUUACCAAGAACGCAGAGCCGAUAUCAACCCCGAUUUCUUGGGAAUCUAUCCGUGGGACUGGGUCAGAGAUGAUACAUUGAGCUUUGAUGCUCUCAAGGGAGGACUCCUGUGCGCACCAAUCUUGCAAGCUCUCAUUCUCAAUCGAACGCCCAUUCAGGUCCUCGACUUUGCCGAUGAAGUUUCCAAGUGGGACAUCGAUAGAAUCAUCCCGGCGCAUUUCAAGAACGAUCUGAAAUACGGUGGGGCAGACUAUCGAAAAGCGUUCUCGUUCUUAGAARCCAGUGGUGUGCCCAAAGGCUUGCCAAAACCGCUGGAUGCUGACAUGCAAUUUCUGAAGGAAAGCGAAGCGGGCUUGAUCGAUUCAGGAGCGAUCGUCCCAUGCCCGCCGUUGCCCGGAGGGAAGUUUACGAGAGACGAAAUCCUUGCGCAAACCGUUCUCAAGUCUUUGGUGCUAUAAUUGUGCUAAUGGUUUUUUAAAA